UGUUCGCAAAACUUCCUGUUUCUACGAAAUCGUCAUGCGCUAACCUGUUCCAGCGACACACAAGGAAGUGUCAUAUUGAUCGAGGUAGAUCGAGGAUUUAGGUAGAGGCUGGUACAUCAUGCAGGCACUGAAUACGUUACGGUGGAUUUGCAGUUCUCGCUGUUAUCAGAAUGCAAAUGGUUUUGGAAAGUACAUUGUAAAUAUUCUGCCCAGCUCUUCAAACGCAGUCCUUAAUGCUGAGCUCACUUUACAUAAUAAAUACAUAACAGGCAAUAGAGGAUUGUGCAACACCACAUCACAACUUUUGGGACGUUUCAACGCUAACCAGGCAGUUUAUACAAAUCAAUCGAGGACUUUCUCUACAGUUUUAGAUAAAUGCUGGAAGUGCGAGUGUUCAAUUCAAGUAGUUCCCGUAUUCUUCUGCCCUGCCUGCAAAGUUAUACAAGCUCCGGACGACCAUGCGACGUACUUCGAUAUAAUGGACUGUGACAAGGCGUUUGCUUUGGAUACCCAGAAGUUACAACGGAGGUACCUAUACCUUCAACGCUCUCUUCACCCUGACAACUUCAGUCAGAAAACUCAGAAAGAGCAGGAGUAUUCGGAAACCCAGUCAGCGCUGGUAAGCAAGGCUUACAGGACUCUGCUAAAGCCUUUGAGCCGUGGUAUUUACAUGCUGGAACUUGGGGGCGUCCCUGUGGAGGAAGGGACUGACAUUGGGGCUGAUCAACAGUUUCUCCUGGACAUAAUGGAGAUUAAUGAAAGGCUGGAGGAGACGCAGAGCAAAGAGGAGGUUGACAACAUUGGGUUCUCAGUUGAAGAUCAACUGCAGGGCCUAACAGAGAAAAUAAAUGCAUCUUUUCUCAAAGGAGAUGUUUCAUCAGCAAAACUCCUGAUUGGCCAAAUGAAGUACUUUGUGAAUAUACGGGAGAAGGUGAAGGAAAAGCUGUCUGAGAUGCUGGUCUGAUCAUCUUCUCAUCUUCUCUGAUGGCUCCUGCCAGCCUGAUCCUGUGUGUCUCCUGCCAGGCUGAUCCUAUGUGUGCCUAUUUGCAAACCAUCACAUUUUUUAAUGUACAUGUUUACACAAUAUAUAUUAAAUGGUCAGUAUUUAUAUAACCAGUGAAAUAAAGUUUUAAGUAAGAA